CAUAAUAUGAGGAAUCGUCACCAAACCACUGUAACAAUACUUGCAGCAUAAUGUUUAUUACGAAAUUCGUUUUUGUUUAUAUCUGUGUCUUUGCCUACUGUUCUUUAACUUGUGCUCAACUUCAAUCAGGUGAUUGUGAUAUAUACACGGAAUACUUCGAACCAUGUACUUCUAAUUGUGCAACUAUACCAACUUGUCAGAACAGGUACCCGCAGCCAUAUUCAGGUUCAUGCAUCGCAGUUUGUGUUCCACGUUGUUUGUGCAAGCAUGGAUAUCUGAGAGACCAAGGUUCUGGUCGAUGUGUGCCAAUCGAUCAAUGUCCACGGAUAUGUUCAUAAGCAUUCCAUAAUCAUACUUCAAUAAUGUAGACAACUUUCUUCGCAUUAAUAAAAUGCCUCUAAAUUGA